AUGGAUUUUGGAAUCACAUCUUUGAUUCUAGACGGUAGCAAUGGAACCAAGACAUACGCAGGUUUAAGUACAGAAGAGGCCCCAUCUUUGAUAAUUUCUAAUGACUACAAGAAGCUUGAUGACGGCAUUAGUUUUGAGAGAAUUGACUCCUCCCCAUAUGGUGAGAUCUUCACCAUGUACAAUGAUGGGCUUAUCUAUAACUGGGACGCCCUUGAAGAACAAUGGAAGUUCAUAUACGAGAAGCACUACAAAUUGGAAAGUAAAGAAAUGCCUCUCAUUCUUACCGAGAAUCACUGGAAUAGUAAAAAGAAUCAAGUUAACACCUGCCAGUUAGCAUUCGAAAAGUUUGAAGUCCCUGUAUUCAGUAUGCUGAAUAGCCAGUCAUGUACUAGUUAUGGUACCGGUAGGGCCACAUCUUUAAUUAUUGAUUUGAACGAUGCUUUCAUCAGUGUUACACCUAUUGUUAAUGGUAGCAUUAUGACUAAAGGUGCAAUUCACAACAAAUUUGGUGGAGAUUUUUUAAAUUUGCAUACUUUACGAUACCUGCAACGCAAGUCUGGAGAUGAAAUUGAUAUAGAAGAACAAAUCGCAUCGCAGGGAGGUAAUGCUACCACUUUAUCGUCCGUUAAAGCUUAUAGAGUGAACCGAUUCCUCAAACAGUUCCGAAGGAAUAUAGGAUCCAUGAGUCAAUAUAUCCUACCUCCUGUUGUAGAAGGCUUAUCAUCGGACUACCAUCUCACCGCGAAGGAUUAUUUGAUCAAUGGAUUCGUGGUCAAAGAUAUAAAUCCCCUGGAUCAAUGUCAAAUGGUGGAACCUUUGAUGCAACCAUUUAGUUAUACCAAUGCUUUCCAUCCUAACAUUAGUGUUUCACAGGAAAAUACUUACGGACUGUCGGAGCUAGUUUUGAAUUCGUUGAAAAAACUAGAGACUACUCAAAAUGUCUACCAGGCUUUGUUAAAGGGUAUAGUAAUCACAGGAGAAAACUCUUUCAUACCUGGACUUGAACAAAGGCUUAUUAACGACUUGGUCAAAAUACUAUCCAAUUACACUAUCGAAACCUACUCUAACGUCAACUUAGAUGAAAGAAAUUUGGCAACUUGGAACGGUGCACUGAUUCUAUCUUCCAUGAACAGUGGCAAUUUUGAUAAUAUUUUCAUUAGUAAGAAGGAGUAUGAGGAGUUUGGAGAGAAUGCGGUCUUGGAGAAGUUUAAAUAG